AUGUCUUCAUCGUACACAGUAUUUUUCGACGACUACUGGUUCAAAACAAGUCUUCCUAGUAUAAUCGUGUACGCCGUCGUUUCCGCGUUCACUAUCUUUGCUAAUCUGCUUCUUUGUGUGGCCUUCUGGAAAGAUCCCUUCGGCGAAUUGAGAACAGCUCAAAACUACUUUAUUCUAAAUCUGGCUAUCGCAGAUCUUGUUAUGGGCGUCAUUUCAGAGCCAUUGUUAGUGGUCACGUAUUGGCAUGAUAACAACCUGAUAUACUUCAUUCAUUACCUGUUCGCCGUUCUUGCUGGGACUUGCUCUCUAAUGAACAUCACGGCGCUGUCUAUAGUCCGUUACUAUGCUGUAAAGCAGCCCUUUCAGACGCAAAGUAUUGUUAGUGAGCGUAGCGUGAUGAUUGGAAUCGGCUUUAUGUGGGUAACAGCUUUUCAUUAUCCCAUAUUACUCUUGCUUGGAUGGAGGAAUGACAUGUUUCAGCUUUAUUUGUAUGUUUUUGCCAGUAUCAUUCCCACUAUAAUUUUUACCGGGGCUUAUUUUCUGGUAUACAAGACACUGCGUCGUCACAGUAUCUCGCUGAAGCAUCUCGGAGAGGGAAAAAGUUUGGCUCUUAGCAACGCUCUCCGUACCGAAAAAGCAGCAACGCGAACAGUUUUGAUAGUUCUUGUGGCUUUUUUAAGCAUGUGGAUUCCUUUUUUGAUCAUAGACUUUAUUAUCGUUCAUUGCAUAACUUGCAGAGACGAACAGUUUCAUCUUGCGAGGGAUGUUACCCUCUCGCUGGUUUAUUUCAGCAGUGGGAUAAAUCCCGUAAUUUACGCGUGGCGGGUGAAUACGUUCAGGAGAGCUUUUCUGCGUGUACUGGGCAUAACGAAGCCAUUUUCCUCGCCCGAGACAUUGUGGAAUAGACUUCCCAACACCAAUCGUAAUUAUCAGUCAACGACCGUUAGUUUCAUCAGAAUUAAGAGAGAAGGACGUUUGGAAAUAAACAGUCCAAGUUUAAAGUUAGAAGAUAUAGACUCCAUAAUUGGUCAAAUAACUCAAGAAAUAGACCCAAGCGAAUAAUACUUUUGAACAUGUGGGCCCUUGCGAAAUAUAUGUUUUUUGUUGAGCAGUCACUUCUUGGGUAUCUCCAAAAAUUUUGACCUAAAAGACGCUCAAAUCAUUAUGUUUAGAGUUCAGAGUUCAGAGUUCAGAGAUGCUUUCUUUCUCUUCACAAACCAAAGCCAUCUUGGGGAAAUCCAGAGGAAAGAAGCUGUCUUGGAAAAGAGACCAUCAUGGACUAGUGUAAUAUGAGACCUUCAGUUGACUGCAUUUCUUCAGAGGGAAAAACAUCAGUUUCUAGCCAUAGAAAAUGAACAAAAAUUGAUCCAUCAAGGAAUAUUGUAACCUCUGAAUGUGUGAUAUAAUAAAAGCGAAAAGCAUACCUUUCAUUUUUAGAGGAAAACGCGUAUACAAUUAAAACGAAACGAGUGAGGUGCACUCGUACAUUAAGUCGAUCAAUUACUUUACAUUAGCAUUGCAGACAUUACAGUUUAUUAUUUCCUGCCUUGAGACAGAAACCUGUCAACGAUUGUCUGCUCAAAAGAGUUGUCGCACUCUUCGUAACGUCUUUCUUCAGUCCAUGAUUUACUGGACCAGAUGAUUAGUUUCUAAAGAAACCGUGUGAUGCGUCGGCUGGCAUGAGAAAUAAUUGGUUGGCCAGAUCAACCAUAAAUUAAUAACGGUGAUAAAUUGCUAUAAAGAAUACGGAAUUGUUCAGCCUAUUCAACGAAGAAAAGCCUCGAGAAACCCGGCGCGUUACAGUGUUCUUUGGAGAUUCUGCUUAUUGGGUCUUUAGAGCGUUUACGCAAGAAGCUUUUCGGUAACACUCCGAUACCUCAGACUGCUGCCAAGUUUGACAAAAGAAGUAUCACUCCUAAUAACCAAAAUCUCAGCGCCACAAAACCAGCAAUUCAGGCUUCUCUGUCGUUUCUAUUUCUUGUUGCGCAACUGACCUUUACAUCACCGUGGCGCCAAGCAUUAAGUCAAGCUAUUAACUCCUUAACCCCCAAGAAUGACUAGUAUCUAAUUUCUCCUUACAAUUUUAUCCCCGGAAUCACACAUUAAAGUUGUGGGAAUAAAGGAAAUGAUCACCAACUAAAGAAAUUCUUAACUGUUAAAAAAAUUUCCUUUUCAGCACCCUGGGAAAUGUAUAGGGAACAGUAGGGAGAAUUUGCCCACUAAUGUUACAGAGGAAAGGGUUAAGGUCAUAACCAAAGCUUAAAUAUAACUUUUUUGAAUUUCAAUUUCGCCAACGAGUACAAAUUUAUUUUCACCAUGGAUAUCACACUUUCAUAACUCUUAUUCCAAACAACGAAGGGCAUCAAGCCCGAAUUACUCUUUUUAAUCAUCGACUGACCAACCAAUCGUCAAGUGAAACUAUAAACGCCACAAAGAUCUCGGGGAAAUGCAAUUCUUUUUACGUUACCUAAUCAUGCCAUAAAUGACACAACCUGACACUGCUAACAGUUGCUCAAACUGCUGUAGAAUGACCCAGAAACAGGCAUAAUUUUUAUUUUAUCACCCCCUAUCUCCUUAAACCCAGACAAGAAUAUUCAUUUGGUAAUUUGAUGGUGAGAAACGAGGUUCUUCGGCUAUAACUGACACGCAACCAGGUUCUCGGACAAGUUGUGAUCAGUCAUCCCUAGGCCCUCAGCGGACAUUCAGCUCAUUUACCACGCACCAUUCAUCAUUUUCGUCAGAGGAGGAGAGGGUGGAGGAUCUUGGGGGAGGGGGUUUACAUGGAUUUUUCGUAAGCACGAAGGGGGGGGUCUAUCGUCGUCGAGAGAGUGUGAGGAGGGAACUGUAGAAAAUUGAGUGCCAAUUACUAUCAAUGACAGGGGGGGAGUCAUAUAUAUAGAACUUGGCAGAGCCAUCUAGGGGGAUCAGGUAGUAAAGUUUAUCGUAACGCAACAAAAUCCUCCAUACACCUUCCCCUUCUCUCAGGCGAUAAAUAAUUAACAUUGAACACAAGCUGCCAAACAGCCCGCUAACGUCGCGAUAUGAUGUUACAAUUUCUGUUCAUUUCAAUCAUUCAUCAGCCAGCACAAAUAAUAAUAAUAAUAGCAAUGAUAAUAAAAAGGAACUGGCUGGGCUUUGACCGAGGUAACGGAGACUCAUGCUGCAUAUUGUUUAUAAAGCCGUUUUAACUGAUUGCGUGGCGAGUGCAAGAAAGAGGCCUGGUCAGCCAGUGGAUGGCAGUCAAACUCUUAAUGUUUUCUUUCUUAAUGACGCAGCAGCUGGUUAAAACACUAGCCUUUUUUACAAAAGGCGGUGAUGACUUAUGCAUUAAUCUAGAGUCGUAUUUUGACCAUUUAUUGGCGAUAAUUUGAAUAUUUUGAUUUACUAGAAGAAAACGACGCCUUCAAGUCUGGCGGUAGUCAAAUUAGUUUAAAAAUGCUGUGAGCAUUUUCGCUGAGAUUAAACCAACCUCACCAUUGAAGAAUGUUCAUUUCGGUGACUGCACCAGUGAAUCUCAAGACUGAGUUGUGAACAAUUCCCUGUCAACGGCAUUUCAAUAAGUUGGGACAAUUACGAGAGUUACGAAAGAACAUCAUCGACUAAACUAUCUUCUUUAAACAAAAUUUGUCUUGUUCUCAUGCAAAUUUACAUCGAGGGGGUAAAGUCAUCCGCCAUAUUUAGAAAACAAAACGUGAUUCCAUUUCAGCGAAAUUUAAUGUGUUGCCCCUUAAAAGCAUUUCUAAUUUCCUAUGGAAGACUCUCGAAAGACAAUUAAAAAUAGAGCAAAUUGGUGUUUAAUUCCUCCCAAUUUUCUAAAGAAUAUGAGUAAAACCAACACACCGCAAAAUAUCAUUUUAACAAGCAAUACGUGAGGUCGGUUCCAAAAAAAAAUUGCAGUCCCCUCUUUUUUGAGAAGGUAACCCAGCAGGACGCAUUUUUUGAAACAAGUUUUUAGGUGGAUAAAUGCUGUGAUAAGAGCGAAUAGAAGAGCUUCAAAGAUUUUAUUGUGACUUGUGGGUUUCUGAGAAUCUUUGUCGAUAACUUCGUGGCGAGCAGAGCAUAACAUAUACCGAGCAUAACAUAUACCGGAAAGGUGAAGCUGAAUCACUGGAAAAUAACUUUUGGAUCGAAGCCGUCCUUUGAUGUUUUUUUAUUGAGUCAGAAAGCAAGGAAAGAUUUUCCGAAGGGUAACAAUUUUCUAUAUUAACGAAAUUGCGGCAGGAUCGCAAGACAUGUCUUCCUCAUACACGGUCUUUUUUGACAAGUACUGGGUCAACACUAGUUUGACAGUGAUGAUAGUUUAUGCCAUCGUAUCGUCGUUCACGGUCUUCGCGAAUUUGCUUCUCUGUGUGGCAUUUUAUAAAGAUCCCUUCGGUGAACUAAGGACUGUGCAGAAUUACUAUAUUCUCAAUUUGGGAAUCGCUGAUCUUAUCAUGGGCGUUAUUUCAGAACCUCUGAUGGUGGUAACUUACUGGAAUAGUCACAGCCUUAUAUAUUUCCUUCAUUAUUUGUUCGCUAUCAUCUCAGCGUCGUGUUCUUUACUGAACAUCACAGCGCUCUCUAUAAUCCGCUAUUUUGCCGUGAAGCAGCCCUUUCAAACGCAGAGCAUCGUUAACAAACGGAGCGUGUUGAUAAGUAUUGGUGUUAUGUGGGUAACAGCCAUUCACUAUCCCAUGCUUCUCGUUGUUGGAUGGAGAGAAAAAGCAUUUCAGCUGUAUUUGUAUGUUUGCGGUUGCAUUAUCCCUACUAUAGUCUUUCUUGUGGCUUAUUUUCUGGUAUACCGCACGCUACAUCGCCAUACAAUUUCGUUAAAGCAUCUGGAACAGGGGAAAAGUCUGGCUCUCAGUAACGCUCUGCGUACAGAAAGAGCGGCGACACGAACAGUUUUGCUGGUCCUUGUCGUAUUUCUGAGUCUAUGGAUUCCUUUUUUGAUCAUAGACUUCGCCGUUGUUCAAUGUCCUAACUGCAGAACCGCUAAAUUUCAUCUUGCUCGGGAUAUUACUCUUUCGCUUGUUUACUUCAGUAGCGGGAUAAAUCCGCUAAUAUAUGCCUGGCGGGUUAAGACGUUCCGAAGGGCGUUUAUCCGUGUACUGGGUCUUCAAAAGCCUAUAGAAAGGAGCGUUUGUUUUUGGAAGAGGAUCUCCACAUCUGAGGCUUCCCUACGUUUCCGUGUUGACAGCUCUGACAAAAAAUCUAGGACAACGGAUUUAGGCGUGAAAUCAGAAUCAGAUGAUGUCAGUGUAGGUCGCGUUAAUGAAGCAUUAGAGUUGAGUUAG